ACAGAUUUUAUUCUUUGUUCCAGAUACACCAGUGCAUCCAGUCCAGUUAGUCAUCCAGUUGAAGAUGUCACAACAUAAAGAUGAGAACAAUAAGUUAAUGUAAACAGCACUCAAAAUAGGUCAAACUCUCAAGAUGACCUGAAUCUCACGGGAACCCCAUUGUGAUAUAUCGAUCGCUACACUACAUCUAUUUUACUAAUAAGUUUAAAAAAUAUAUAAUAUUAAUACUCUAAAAAUAAAAAUACUUACACAUAGCAAAAAAAAUCCGCGUUCCUCUAGUGUUAUAAUAAUAAUAUUUAGUGUCAAUUAGUAAAUACCAAAGCGUUUAAAUUAAAAAAAAUAACAACAAAGUUAAAGUUCUUCUACCUCCACAGAGAACUGUCUAAUUAUUUUUUCUAACCAAAGAUAAAUAGUUUAAUAGAAAGAUGGCGAAUCAAAUGCCCAUAUAUAGCCAAGUGGUGCCGAAGUCCCAGUACCGCGGGAAGAAUUCCAAGUCUAGCAGAUCUCAGAUGGGGACGCGUGAAUUCGACCCGUUAAACUUCAAUAAUGGCGGCAACUUCCUGUCUCCGACUACGGAAAAGGAGAAGGGAGACAGGGGGGAGAAGGAGAGGAAGGAGAGAAGAGAGAGGUCCAGGGAUGAGGCUAGUAGGGCCAGAAGGAGUCAGAACAGGAAUGAGGCGAGUGAGAUCAAAGUCGAGGCGUAUUUGAGGCAGAAUCAAGUGAAUAUGAGACAGCAACAGCAUAGACACUCGGCUGUAAGACAGGCUGAGCACAGAGUUAACUUGAGAUCUCUCCAACUCAACGACGUGGUGCCCACACGUGGACACGACCGGACCCCCACCGAGAGGCACAAGGGCUUCCCGGGCGACAAGGACGGCACGAGGGAGCACCGCCGCGAGAGAGACAAGGACAGGGAUAGAGACAGAGAGAAUUAUGACGCUGAUGGAACACCCCUAAGUCCCGUAACGGGACGCCACGAGUCGUCCCGUCCCGUCCGCAAGUCGUCUUCCUCCCAUCGCGUGACCGAGACCAGUAUCAGCACGGACAAGAGGAAGUUCUUCUGCAGAGAGUGGGCUUUCCAGAAGAUAGCUCACUGCUUGGAACAGAGAGCAGUCAGUAAUACUGCUGGAGCCCUGAUUCUUGGUGACGCCGGUAGCGGUAAGACAGCUUUGUGCCAAGAACUGAGCAGUCCUAGCGCUGGGCCGGCAGCCAGGCAACAGAGGGCGCUGAACAGGAGAUUGCUGGCCCGGCAUUUCUUGCAGAGCAACAAUGAGAAUAGCCUGCGUCCUUCAGAGUUCGUUCGCUCGUUGGCGAUGCAGAUUCUGAGUCAUUCAUCUAGGCGAGCUAGAAAUGACUCGUCACCCAGGGAAACCAGCAGUGACAGACGCAACUCUGACGACGACCGGGAUAAUUGCCUGAUGAACAGAUUCCACGGUUUGGACGAUGAUGGAGAAGAGAGCUCCAAACCAUUAUUGGCUGAUAGUGAAGAUCAACGCACAGACGAAGAGGAAGGCGGAUCUGGUCGUCGAGCUCGCACUAUUGAACGAAUACACGAACGCUCCGCCUACCAGGACUCUAUGCCACACGCACCCGAGAUCAUGCCCCGCACCACCCCUAAGCCCUCCAACCCCUUCGUGGUGGACAACGAGCAAGAGUUGCGCCUAUACGAAAACCACGAAAAUUUGUUCCUUAGGAACAUAUCUCAUAACCAGUCUAAAGAAGCAAGACUCUUGAGACAGAGCUCCGAACCUACUGCUGCGAAGCCGAAUAGUAACAUUGAUUUGGACAAACCCAAAUCCGAAUGUAGCCCGCCAAAGUCCCGAAUACCAGUGGCUAACUUCCGAUACCCCAACAAGAGUGAACUUCGUCCGGAGAACUCACCGCAGAAGACUAAACCGGAGAAGCCUGAAGAGUUGCCCGAGUAUCAGAACGUCAUGGCUGAGCAAGAAACUACGGUGGACGAAAUGGUCGAAAAUAAGAGGUCCGAAGAAGAGAUCCCUCCCCCGAUUCCGACUCUCCCCCUCAGCGCUCGUACGACAAUUUCCGACGCGUACUACGACAAAGUCUUGUCCGAUUCCGAGAUACAACGGGCGUUGUUACCUCAACACCUAGACGCGGACGUCGAUUUAUGCUUCAAAAGGGCCAUAUUGUAUCCCUUGUUGGAGAUCACGCCGCCUAAACAGACUCUGAUGCUGGUCGUGGAUGCUGUGGAUGAAGGAUUCACGGGUAAUGAAGACCGUGAAGGCACCGAACCCGCGACCACUGUGGCCACAUUACUCGCUAGACAUCAACAUUUGCUGCCUCAGUGGUUGCUGCUAGUCUGUACGGCGAGAAGACACGCCAGACCGUGCUAUGGAAUGUUUACUGGCUAUCGUAAGAUAAUGUUGGACGAAUUGCAACGGGCUCACGUAUCGGCCGACGUGCAACGAUAUGUACUGGCGAGAUUGGACACUGAGCCAAGGUUGAGAUCUCGAGUAUCUAGCGACGCGACAGCUGCGGCUGCAGCAGCGGCUGCUUUAGACAAUUUGAGGAUUAAAAGCGAUGGAUGCCUCUUAUAUUUGGAGAAGGUACUGGAUGGAGUGGCAGACGGCUUCAUAGCCUUAAGGGAAAUAAGGGAAAUCCCCGGCACUCUUAACGGUCUAUACUUAUGGCUGGCACAACGGCUGUUCCAUGGCAGAAGAUUCACGAAGGUCCGUCCGUUGCUGGAUGUUUUGUUAGCGGCCCGAUGCGGUGUCACAGAGGAGAUGUUAUACAAAUGUCUUCUGACCAAAGAAUACAGCGUCACCAGGGAGGAUUUCAAUAGGAGACUCCAUUUACUCAGACGGAUUCUAGUGAUGGACCGUUCCACCGGAUAUUUAUCGAUAUUCCACCAUUCUUUCGCUUCGUGGCUAUUGGACGUCAAACACUGCACUAGACGUUACUUGUGCUGCCAUCUAGAUGGACACGCUCAACUAGCUAUGUAUUACACGCUAGACGCCAGAAGGUUGACGUCCCUGGAAAUACACAACUACGUUUACCACAUGACCACCCUGGAGCAACACAUGGCAACACUCAAGAAAGGGAAAACAAGUGAUGCCGAAGAAGUCAUGGAUCUUCACACGCUAGUGUUGCUGUGGGUGCUGGAUUCAGGAUGCGAUGUGGAGACUGCUUUAGAAGGAAACUCUGCUGUCAAGCAAUUGAAGGCAAACGAUUUGGAUGAGAAAGUGGAAGAAACUCUAGACAAGACAUCUGAGGAACCGGAAACGGAGGCGCGUGAUGUAACUUCAGAUACGACUACCUUAGAAGCCAUCAUGCCCGAAUUGGUGUCCGGCCACGAGACUGGACGUUGGCCCCGCGACAAACGGGUGUACCGCACCCUCAUGGAGCUGAGCCGGGACUCGCACGCUCCACUGCUACCUUCCGAUGACCCAGAGCACACCGAAGACAAGGCGAAGACUCCGGUGGAGGAGCCCGAGGUGCCAGAAGUGGUGGAACCGGGUUUGGUGCACGAACUGGCCAAUAAAGGGGACGAUGAUGCUUUAGCUGCUCUGUUGAAGCGUCAUCCGUCUCUAGUAGAAGCUACUGAUGCCACUGGUGGAACCGCCCUACAUUCUGCCGCUCGAGGAGGGCGGGCUUCUACUGCCCUGUGUUUACUGAAGGCGGGCGCCGAACCUUCUAGACCUGAUGCCGAUGGAUGGACGCCUUUAAGGGCGGCUGCUUGGGCAGGACAUGCUGAGGUGGUGGAAGUGUUGCUAGAAUAUGGCUGCGAUGUCGACUGCGUAGACGCGGAUAACAGGACAGCAUUGAGGGCGGCAGCCUGGUCCGGCCACGAAUCAGUGGUUGCCAAACUUCUCACAGCCGGCGCCGAUCCCGACAAAGCCGACGCCGAAGGAAGAACCCCUUUGAUAGCGGCCGCUUACAUGGGCCACGCGGAUAUAGUCAGAGCUUUGUUGGACGCUGGGGCUGAUCUUGAUCAUGCUGACGAGGAUGGUCGUACAGCGUUAUCAGUGGCAUCUCUCUGUGCUACCGGCGAAGCUUGUGCUGCAAUUCUUUUAGAAAGAGGCGCUUCUGUCAGUAAAGCGGACAGAGAUAAGGCGACACCGCUGUUAGUUGCAGCUUUUGAGGGGCAUACUGAGAUCUGCGAGCUCCUGUUGGAAGCGGAGGCCGACAUAGAGGCCGCGGACGCUGCGGGCCGCACCGCACUGUGGGCCGCGGCCGCCGCGGGCCACGCGCAUACCACGCGCCUGCUGCUCUACUGGGGGGCAUGCGUCGACAACAUGGACAACGAGGGCCGCACCGUGCUCAGCACUGCGGCCGCGCAAGGUAACGUGGAAGUAGUGCGUCAGUUAUUAGACCGCGGCUUGGACGAACUGCAUCGUGACAACUCGGGAUGGACGCCUCUUCAUUAUGCCGCUUUUGAAGGCCACAUAGAAGUGUGCGAAGCUCUUCUCGAAGCCGGUGCUAAAGUAGACGAAUCUGAUAACGACGGCAAGGGUGCAUUGAUGCUGGCCGCCCAGGAAGGGCACACUGGGUUAGCGCAGAUUCUACUGGACAGGUGGGCGGCCCCUGUCGACCAACAUGCGCACGACGGGAAAACAGCACUAAGACUGGCAGCGUUAGAAGGCCACUUCGAUACAGUACGAUGUCUAUACGAACGCGGUGCUGACGUAGAUGCUUUAGACGCAGAUCGUAGGAGCACCCUGUAUGUGCUGGCUUUGGACAACCGCCUUGCUAUGGCGCGGUUUCUGCUGGCACAUUGUGGUGCAGACGUGGCUGCUGCUGAUAAUGAGGGUCGGACGCCACUGCACGUGUCAGCGUGGCAAGGUCAUACGGACAUGGUGAAUCUGCUUAUUAAAGUCGGCGGCGCGUCAGUAGACGGGCGCGACCGCUGCGGUCGGACCGCCCUGCACGCGGCGGCGUGGCGCGGUCGGACCGCCGCGUUGCGAACGCUGCUGCAGCGCGGCGCCAACCCUUCUGCCGUCUGCACUCAGGGGGCCACGCCGUUAGGUAUCGCAGCACAAGAAGGGCACGAGGAAUGCGUCCUAUGGUUGUUGCAACACGGUGCUGAUCCGACGCAAGCGGACCAUUGUGGUCGUACCCCCGCCAUGGUGGCAUGGCGAGCUGGUCAUGCCCAUAUCUGCCGCGUGCUGGAGAGGUGGGCCGCCGCCCCGGCCCCAGCCCCCUCGGCACCGCCUCCCCUCCAGCCCCUCCAGCCCCUCCAGCCCCUCCAGCCCCCCGCUGCAGGUUCCCCAGAGUACAAAAGGCGGAGCGUUCACAGCUCCAACUCAACGAAAUCUUCUUCAAACUUGACAGGAGGUUCUGGAAGAUCGCACGACCAACAAGAAGACACCAAGGAGAAGCAGGCGAAUCGAGCGAAUCUCUCACUCACUUUCGCACAGCAAGUGGCUCGAUGCGGCCGCGGCAGGAGGGAGAAGGAGAGAGAGUGCGUUAUACCGGAAAACUACCCGUUAGAGAAAGACAGCAAGCUCAGGAGUUAUAUUGGCGGUGAGAGAGAUUGCAGCAGUCCAUUGUACGCGUCUCCACCGCAUAGUCCAACGGAACUGUGCAGUCCAACGCAACAAAACAAUACUUUUGGAUCACAACCGCCCAGCCUGACUUCUAUACAACCGAUUCUCACCGACACACAUUUCAACCGGGACACACAUAUGCGGAUCAUACUGGGCAGAGACAGUAAACCGGCCGACAGAAACGAUAGCAAAAGCAAGAGGAAUGGUAUCGUGACCAAUCCGGCGAUGCGUCUGGUCCACAAUGUGCGCAAUGGACUCGAUAGCGCAGCGGCGAAUAUAAGGCGCACCGGAGUAGCUUUGGCUGCCAGCGCUAGCUCUGCCAACCCUGCGGUCAAAACGAACGCGUUCCAAUGGAGGAAAGAGACGCCGCUAUGAAACGACGCGCGUGCGAGCGAGACGGCAAUAGCUUAGAACUGACACCUACGAAAAACGGAAAAAUCUUGUAAGUCGGGAGAAGUUCAUUUGACAGGCUUAGCAAUGUUGCGAGUGAAAGAGAAGCAGCUAUAAACUGUCUGCGUGUGAACGGUACAGCAAUAGUCUAGAUUUAAGCGAUUAAUAUUAUUAUUGUACUAAAUGUAACCGUUCGAAAGAGAUAGAUGCAAUAAUGUAGUCGAGUGAGUGAGACAGCCAAAUGUUAAUAAGUUAUGAUUAUAACAUUUAAUUGUAUUAUGAUAAGUACAUAUAAUUAUUUUUGGGAAUAAAAGCUAACAUUAUAAAAAUAUUCAAAUAACAAAUAUUAUUGUCUAGUUACUGUUGUAAAUUAUUUAAAAUGAACACUUUUAUCUAAAACAGCUGACUUGCAGACAUUAAAAAUUCUUGCAAAAGGCGCGUUAUUAGCAGUCAGGACACUGCAUUUAUACUGCAAAUUUUGCAGCCGGAACGUAGUUCAGAAAUAGAUCAUGUUUCUAGACACUAAUUCUAGAUCUAAAUUGAAUCAGAACAUUAAAAUAACAAUCGUAUUCCCAACAACAUCAAUAACUUUAGAUCUCAGUAUUUUAUUCAUAUAAAAUUACGUAUAUGAUAAUUUAUUUGGUUUCAAAUACGUACAUUAAAUAAAACAGUUUGAUUUACGCUCAGAGAUUUCAGUUAAUUAUUAAAGUUGAUGUAGAUCAGCUGGAAUGUAAUUGGCAUCUCUUAAAUCUUCACCCCCUUUUUAAGUUCCUUUUAAGUCUGUCUGUCUUUUUGUCUGCCUAUUGAAUGAUAAAUGACAUUUGAGUGAUAUGAACAAAUCCGCGUCAUUAGGCUAAACUUAUUCCUCGUUUAUAAAUAUGGUUAAUGUGACUGAUUUAAUAAUAAACAGCAGCUCUCGGAGAGGUAAAUAAACUUUUAAGUUUACCUUAAGUUGAUACUGUCACUAAAAUGAGACACCACGUGAUUUAAUAGAGCAUUAAAUUCGUUUGCUGUUUCUGAGCGUGGUUAAAAUUCACAUAAAUAAAUAGAUAUUGUAACUGCUUCUCCUUAGUGAUAAGCUCCUCCUCCCACACUAACCGCACUAUAUUUUUGGCGUUAGUAUCGCGGUAGAUGCUAUGCUAUACGAAUAUAGUUUCUAUUGUAACCGCAUUAAAGCCUCUGGCAUUUGGCCCGAUUCUGAAAUGAUUCUCUGAAGAUAAAAUUAAUGUUGACUGACACUAUAUCCUCUUUAGCUCUAUAGUGAAUUAAAGAGAUGAAGUACUGUAAAAUUUAGUCUCCACCUUAGAUUAAAACAAAAAGAGAAGAUAUUGUACGCUCAUGCUAACAUCAAAUAAAAUAUGAUUGGACUCAACUACAUAACCAACUCUCACACACGCACACGUCUGUAUAUAAACAUCCAAUCGAGCGAGCGAGACAGAACUGUAUCUCUAGCACGAACCAAUAUCGAAUUCGUAACGUUUGCGAGUCCGAAAUGUCAUUGUCAAAUGUGUGCUGAUUUUUAGUUCUCGUUACGUACUUUGUGGCGCUGCUGUUCAAGUUUCCAUACAAAAUUUGACGUUGACAUUUCACACUCGCAAACUAUUGGAAUUCGAUAAUAGUACAGUAUCCUUAGCACGAACCAUUAUCGAAUUCGAAUAGUCUGCAAACCGAAAUGUCAAUGUCAAAAUUUGUAUGGAAACUUGAACAGCAACUAAAAAUCAGCACACAUUUGACAAUGACAUUUCGGACUCGCAAACGUUACGAAUUCGAUAUUGGUUCGUGCUAGGGGUACAGUACUCUUCGACGCAGCGCGAGCGAAACGGCGAGGCUGCGCCCGAGUCAGACCGGCGGAGCUGUAUUGCUGUCCCUUUCUUGAUAACAAAAUGGCGACUUCUUUAAUAACGUUCACGACAAACUGUGAUUUUUGAGAAAAAAAAUUACAGUUUCACGAAUGAAAAGUGUUGCCGAGGUAUUUGUUAUUUGAAUUUGAAGUAUUUGUGUUCUUAUAACUCAGAAUAUACGCAAUGUAUUAAGUGCACAUGUAGCGAGUUUGAAUGUCCAAUUGUGACUAAAGCGAAUAGGGUAUUUGACAAAUUUUAGAAAACGAUCUCACGUGAUUGUCUAAUGUUUAUGAAGUCCGUAAAAAGUGGAUAUUCAUCAUUCUGUUGUGUAUUUCAGUAAAAAUAACCAAUCAAAAAGUCCAUUUUCAAGGCCGCGAAAACGUUUCUCUGGACAAUAUGGCGUCUUACUAGUGUGUGACGUCACACGACUGUUAUUAAAUCGUCAAACGAUACAAUGUUAUGUCACAUUAACCGGACGUUUACUUGCGUGUGACGUCAUUUUAGGCUCCGUCAAUCCCAAGCGUUUGGGUCACGUGACAAUAGAUAAGAAAACUAUUACCUUUUUCGUUACUUUUUAGUAAAAUUAUGAAUUUUUUUUUUGUAAAUAUAGUAAAAACCCCUGCCAAUAUUCGUUCUAAACACAGAUGCUAACAUAUGGCACUUUAUUUUUAAUACUGUCAAACACCCUAUUAUGGUCAUGCACCACAAUUUUAGCGGAUCCAUUUUUAGCCGCGAGUGCCGUAUGUUCCCUUUUUGUUUAAUAUAAGGUCUUCACAAUGAAUUUGCAUCCACCGUUAUGGCUCUAACUGAAUCUUAAUAUAAGACUGUGACCAAUAUUAAUACGCACAUUUGAAGUUCACAUUGAAAAACUCUAAGAAACAAAAGUCUCAUGUUUUAUGCAAUUUUUAAAAUAAAUGUUUCGCUAGCACUUCACUGUUAGUACGUAUUUCUUAUAUGUAAUCUUGAAAGCAGUACAUCCUUAUCUUGUUCUGAGGAAAUGAAAAGGACAGACUGUUCCCUAGUUAAAAAAUGAGGAGCUGGCGAACAAAACGGUAUAAUUACGCAUCUAGUCAAACUACUUUUUAUGAACAGUCCGAAGGUUUUGGGCCCGUUGAAUUUUAAUCUCAAAUAAUUUUCAAUCAAAACCGUCUAAAAUAGUGUUGAAAUUACUAAAUUUAUAAAUUAAAAACCAUGCCAAAAGCUCACUGUAGGUAUGCCAUUUGACGACGACCUCCGUGGCCGAGUGUACGAGUUUGUACACCAGGUUUCAUGGUGUCGCCGACACGAGAUGUCCUGGGUUCGAAUCCCGGUGGGGGCAGAUGUUUUUGUGAUGAACACCAGCAUUUGUACUCCAGUCAUGGAUGUUUGAUAUGUAUUUCUAUAUAAAUAUACUUAUACAUGUACAGUAUAUGUAUUCUACCCGUUACCCUAGUAUCCAAUAACACAAGCCUUACAGUGCUUACUUUGGGGCUAGGCUAAUUGGUCUGUGUUGGAAAUAUUUAUUUAUUAAUUUAUUUUAAACAGCUCCAGUAAAAUUUAAUUUUAUGUUAUGCUACCGUUUUGUUCUCCAGCUGCACAAAUAGCAAAUACAAAUAGCCAUGUGAAAUGUCAGCAUUACAGAUUAAAAAACCGCGAAUUGUCGCUAAACGAACUCGCAACGCAGAAAACUUCCACCUUUUAAGUAUUAGUACGCAAAGCUUUUUAAAAUAUUAUCAUAGUUUGAAUAUUGCAAGCGCGAUCGAUGUAAAUCAAAUUGAAAAUAUUAAACCUUAAUGUCUUAAUUAAAAAAAAUAAAAAAUGGGUGCGUGUACUUAUGUAGGCGCGUGAGAAGUUAUCCUUCUUUGGCAUCGUUUAAAAAUUAGUUUUUAAUUGCAUGCAAAUAAUUAAUUACAAUAAAUUAAUAAAAAGUCUGGAAAAGGACACAGUCAAUAAAGUUCAGUUUUAAUUUGAAAAAAUAAAUAAAUAAUCAAAAUAUUCAAUUAAAAUCGCUACUGAAUAUAAUUUAUUAGAACAUAUGUGAUUUGCACUUGUAUGAAACUCAAACACGUAUUCCGAAUAUACAAACUAGAAACAUGUGGAUAAAUAUUAUAAAUAUGAAUACCUAUAACUGUUACUUUAUUACAAAAAAUAAAGAUGUGGUUUUUGGUUCUACUACACCAAUGGUCAAGAGAUGGCGCUGUAGUCUCCUGAAUCGCGCUUUGGUUCCGUUGUUCCAGAUUAAUAAAUACUUUUGAUAGGCCUUCACAAUGCAGUCGUUAGCACCCACUAAAUAGAGAUUCUAUUUCUAUUUUGUUGGUAGAUUUUCUUUAAGUGCGGUAAACACAAAAGUAACAGCAUGAAGUUGGUCGCUUUUGUGUUACAGUGAUGCGCGCGCAUCUUAAAAUUUCACUCUCAUCAUUUUUUCAUAACGCGCCUAAAGAAGUAUAUGUUCAAAAAAUCCGCAACUUCGAACCAUUUGUAUGAAAUUAAUAAGAGCGGUAUAUAAAUACUACCUCACAAAAAGCUAUUGGCUUAUAUAUUAAAAUUUAUGAACGAAAUGACGUAGUAAUGGAUAUUAUACGAGCGAGUGAGAUAGAUGUACUAGUAAUUAGGCGAUAUAUAUGUGUUAAUAAUAACGAAGAGUAAUUGAAAAAUUAUAUUAAAUAUUAAUAUUGCAAAUAAAUGUUAUUAACGAUUCACGAACGAAAAGAAAAGUUUUGAAAAUAAAAGGAUUUCAAAUAUUAUGACUUUGGUCUGUCUCGACGUCUUUUUUGGAUUUAUUUUAUAUUUAGAAAAAUAACAUAUUUUAUGAUGUGGUGAAGUAACGUACACGUGGUAAAUGUUAUAAUAAGCGAAAUUAAAAAAAUCUAUGUAAACGAUUCUAACAACCUUUUUUUUUAAUAUUAUCAUUUAAAUAAAUAACAUUCAGUAUUAAUCAAAAUGUGUAAUAACCUUACAUUUAAAAAAAAAUCAAAUUGGCGAUGUCUCAAAACAACAAAAAAUAGUACAACUAAAAUUUCCUUUAUAAAAUGAUCUCAGUUUUGAACAAAGGUUUUUAAAAUAGGUUUUUUUUUGUAUAAGUUUUUGUGAAUUUUUGACAUUUUUUUUUUGGAAACUUCAAGAGUGAGUGUUUUUGCUUAUAUUUUAUAGAUAAGUUAAUUGCUAAUAAUCAAUACAGACAUGCUACCCUUUAAAAGUCUUAUAAAGAAAAUCUUUAAAAAUGAGCUGAUUUGUGGUAGAUUGAUGAAUAGAUUAUGAUAUGGUAGAUUGAUGAUGUUUUUAUAGUGCAAUUUUUUUCCUUACUAUUUUUUUAUUUACCCAAGUCUUUCUUAAAUGUGAAAAUAUGUGUAAAUGUGUAUGACUAUAAGAUGAUUCUUACUGAUCUUUAAGUAUCAAAUUAAGCAAUGUACUAUGGCCACCAAUUAACCUUAAUUGGGUGCUUAUUAACGAGAUGAUUUUCCGCCGGGUCUAGGAACGGUUUUGCACCGGGUAUAGGAACGAUUUUGCACCGGAUCUAGGAACGGUUUUGCACCGGGACUAGGACCGGGUCUAGAACCGUUUUGCACCAGGUCUAGGAACUUUUUUUGCACCGGGACUUGGACCGGUUUUGCACCGGGUCUAGGACCGGUUUUGCACCGCGUCUAGGAACGAUUUUGAACCGGGUCUAGGAACGGUUUUGCACCGGGUAUAGGAACGGUCUUGCACCGGGUCUAUGAACGGUUUUGCACCGCGUCUUUGUCCGGUUCUUAGUUAUUUAUGGGACACUUUAGAGAUUAGUUAAAGACACCGGCGUUAGCGACGGAUUGUAGAAACAUACAAACCGUGCUCCUGAUUAAUAUUACCCGGCACCGGUCCGGGUAGAAACCGGGUAUCGUUAACAAGCAUCCGAACGGUUUCAAUACGUAAAUUAACAAGAAUGAAUAGGGAAGAAAUGUGUUAUUACAUUGAAAAAUAUUUAACUCUACGCUGAAAUGUUCUUUGAUAUUUAAUAUCUCUAUUUAUUUAUUAUUUAUUUUUAAUAUUUUGUUUUGAUCUUAUAUGUAUACAAUAAUGAAUUCAGCUAGCAUAUUUUGUUAUUUUUUUAACACAAAAAUUUUAAACAUACGUUAUCUUAAAAUAUUUGCAUGAAGUUUUAACUUUUUAUAAAAACAGUAAUUUUUAAUGAUCCUCGAACUAGUGACGUGUCUUAAAAUGAUCGAUAUUAUUAUUAAUCAUUAAAAAUAACUGUUUUUAUAAAAAGUUUAAGCUUUAUGCCAAUAUUUUAAGAAAAUUAGAGAAGACUCCUUAUAAUGAUGUACUUCAACGCCCUUCAAGCUUUAUUUGUAUUUUCGUAACACCCUGUAUAUAUGGUAAUCCAGCAAUUUAUAGCUUAUGAUAUGAAUAGUUUAAACGACUUAAGAUAUUAUUGUCAUUCUUUACAUGCCUUUCUCGUGGCAAAAGUGUCAAAAAUAAUAUAUUAUUUACUUAUAUAUUGUAUUAUAAAUGCAUUGAAUAUACAAUACAUGCUGGUUUCGAAAUAAAGCGAAUAUAGAACGCAACAUUUGCUCACGUAUCAACAGCCGUAUUACACGAAAAGUAAGCUGUCUCUAUCGUCUUAGUGUUUCAAGAUUAAGAUCUGACUUAGAGGAAGCUGUUGUGUUAUUUUAAUAUUUUAAACAACGACUUAGAAUUAUUAAUCCACUAAAAAGUGGUUCCAAGCAAACUACGAUCGAGUGGGCGGGGCGAGAAAACUGCGAUUGCGAACAGUACGACAAAGAAAUUAGUCACCAUAUUUCUUUGUUCGUAUAGGAAUAGUGGCCACAGUAAGUCGGUGGCUGGUUUAAAGAUAAAUGAUUAAAAUACAAUGUACUUCCAAAUGGAGAAACAUUAAGACCCGAACGAUGUCAAAUCUGGCGUUUGUAAGGGUGGUUAUGGAUAUAUAUUUACAUAUAUAUAUUCUAUGGCCAUGUACCUUUUUCGUUUUGCCAACUCUUAAAGGGUAUGGCUGAAAGUUAUGUGUAUGUAUGUGUGUGUAAUUAUUUCUCAGUAGUAUGGAAUUUUUAGUCAUAAUUUGUGAGCCAUUUUCUUAAAUAUGUAUGCGAUUUGGUUGAAUCUAUUUGAUUUGUUUAAGUUGAAACGUAUUAAAAUAAUAAUUAUAAAACUAUAUAUUUUUAAAAUGUGUAAAUCAACAGACUGAAAUGAACAAUUUCAUUUUUGUGAACAAAAAGACAUGAUAAUUGCAUUUCUUUUUCUCGUGUAAAAAUGUAAAUACCUAAUUAGUGGCGAGUUUUUUUUGUGCAACGGUAACACCAAAACGAACGAACGAACGAAUGGUAUUUUUAAACUUUUUAACUGUGGUAACACUGUCUUAUCCAGUGUAUUCGAGUAAAUUACAUAGAAACCACGUUUAUUUUCAUCGCAAAGAAAUUCACUAAAUAUUAUUAUAAUAAAAAAAUAAAACUAUAAAAUAUAUUAUACAUAAUAAGUAAUAUUAAAAUAAGAUAAUAGUUUAAAUAUUAUUAUAAUGUAAAUGGACAUAGUGGCUAGUCGUUAUACAAAUAUAAGUGCUAUGAACUUGGAUUUAGAGUUUAAUUUUAUUUAACGAGUGCUAACGAGUAGAUAUCACGAAGAUAUUAUCGUAAAAGAAUAAUUAUUGUUUAAUUAAAAAUAAAUAAAACCCCAAUGAUGAUAUUAAAAAUAAAUCUGUUUAUUAAAAGGCAAUGUAUUUUUAAGGUAUUCACUUCUAUUAAACAGGGUUUCUCAAAGCCUCUCAUAUACAUACAUAAACGUACUAUAAAGUCUUUUGUAAUAUUAUUUAUCGCCAUUUAUUUAUAAGGUUCGCCUGAAACAAAAAACAUUAUUACAAGCUAAACAUACAUCUUAUAUCUAUGUGGUUUUGUUAUAUUAAGGCAAACACAGCAUGCUUGCAAAUUAAUCGAGUAGAUACAGUGUAUAAAAAAGAAUUAUUAGAAAAACAAUACAAUACAGCCAGAAUGACAUUUUGACAAGUUCGAUAAAAAUAGACAUUAUAGUUAUUUAAGUCUGACACAAAGCUAUAUCCGGUGUUUGAGCCUGCAUAAAGUAAUAGCAUGGACGUCCUCAAACAGCAUCAUCUGUAAAACUUCGAGAAGCCCUGCAUUAAAACUAUCACGCGGUUAUAAUCUGCUUCGUUUUGGUUUCGUGUAUAUAUAUAUAUAUAUAUACUAUAAAUAAAUAGUAUAUAUAUAUAUAUAUAUAUAUAAGUAUAUAUAUAGAAAUAAAUAAUUAUUUGCGCAAUCACAAGCACGUCUUGUUAACAUUUCAAAAUGUCUCAAUCAAUUUUUGUUGUUGCAUACAAUACGUUAAAAUUAUUUUUUUAAUUAUCAUCGAUAUUUAUUAAAUGGACGCUCAAUAUUUAAAUUGAAUAUCUACACUGAAAAAAGAUCUUUGAGACAAGGCUGUAUGGAAUUUGAAUUCUUUGCCCGCCCUAAAGAGAAACCUUGUAGAACUUAAUACUUUCCUCGAUUUAUUAUAACUGUCGCCCGUUUCACCAUUGAGUAUAAAAGAUAAUGUUUUCAGUGCAACAUGUUAAGUUUAGAAAAUUGGCAGAUUUUCAAAACAAGACAUGCUUUUGAUUUGACUUUAAAAAACAAAGAACUCUUCCGUUGAUAUAAAAAACCCUUAGGACUUAACAAAUUUAAUUAUAUUAUUAUAAUUAUGAGGCAGCCAAAAUUAUAUAACAUAAAAAUAUAACUACUACGUUUAAAUAAAUACUUGUAUGUAAAAACGCGCAGUGUGCAGUUCUAAAUUGAUAAAUAAACUGAGUCUUUUCCGGUUUAAAAUCAAUCAUCUACUCCGUGGAGCCCUGGACUUUACGUAUCGUAAGAAACUACACCACCAAAAGCGACGGUCUCUACGCAAAGUAACAGAUGUGACACUUGGGUGAUUUUAACCUUUUUUAUUAAAUUGGCAUCUCAUAAUGCAACACUGUCGGCUGAUAAAACGAAAACAUUGAAAAGUGCUAUAAUUUUUGAGUCAUCGAAAAUGAAAAACAAGAUAACUGCUAUGUUAACCGACGUUAACCUGCUGUAGCCCCUCAAAUGUGUUAGCAAUAUGACGCUCAAAACCCUGUCUGUGUUAGUUCGCCAUUUUGUUUUUAACGACCGGUUUUUAUUUUAUUUUCCGGACGAUUUUCCUCUUAUUAUUUGAGUUCGAGUUCAUCCAGCCUUCAUUUGUAUUUAAAUAAAUCUUGAAUAGUUUCUCUACAAACUUAUCUAUGCAUUAGAUGUGUAAAUGAAAAACCAUUACUAAAUAUGAUAAAACGCAAAAUAUGAAAAAUAAAAAUAAGAUCUCAACUCGUGGCAGAAAUCUGCCAUCUCCACAGACAGGGAUUUUUUGACGUUGGCAGAAAUCUGCCAUUUACACAGACUAGGCGGUAGUUUCACUUAGUUGAUUAUACGCCGGCACAACACUGCGAGGGCCACUUUACGAUAAGCCCAUGUGGCAGUUACUCUAUUGUACGAUGGGUAACUCAAUUUUAUUAAAAUGGUAUGUGAUAGUUACAAAGUUGUACUCAGAUACAAAAAUGUUAUUCUUAGGCCCUUAUGCCUUAUGCAGGAAUUUUGCUAAAUCUCAAUUUAACUAAAACUAGAUCCAUCCCAUACAAUGAUGCCAAAUUGACAUUGACAUUUUGUAAUUUUUCUAUGGUCUACAUGUAGUUUUAGUUGAAUCGAGAUUUUGAAAAGUUGAAAAAAAUUGGAAGUAACUGGUAGUUACUCAUCUAUAAAAAUAAUUUAAUUUGGAUACACAAUACAACUUUUUUGAAUCGUCCAUAUUUUUUCCCCUACUGCCUAGAUUUGUCAUAUGAAUACGUAGGAACCGUCGAAUAAGGUUGUGUUAUUUUACUGCGGUCUUCUAUAUGGUAGCAGUAACAUCCUCAGACGCUCCAAUUGAAGCGGCAAAUCCGCUAUGCUCUACCUCUUAAAUCCACACACUACGCGUUCUGUGUUAGAAGUCUUAAAAGGUAUCUCAGUCUUUAGAUAUAUUAGAACUUCUUCGAAAUGUAGUUUUUAAACAUUAACGAGACGACUGAUGUGUGAAUUAUUAUUAUUAGUUUGUUCACGGGAAAUAUUUGAAUGAUCCUCAAAAAAAUUAGAAGCGCGAGUUUUAUCUCAUAGCUUUAAAUAUUAUAGUUAUAUAUUAAAGCUUUAAAUGAUCAGUUAAAGUACGGUUGACAGUACUCAAAGUGAGGUCAUGAUUUGACAGUGACGUUUAACUGCACAGAUCACAGAAAGAGGUUAGAACGGUUUUUUGGGCGGGGCAGGAGCGCCAUAGUUACGUGUGAGCAAUCUCAUAACUUGGCCAAAACUUGGUUCUGAUUGCGUCGUUGCUUUCGGGUGUGAGCCCUGUUUGGUUGGAUUGUUUGAUGUCGCGUUGUUUGAUUGGCUAUUAUCUAUUAGAUGGAAGUUGAGUGGGGGCGAUAUCUAUGAUCACCAUUCUAACCUCUAAAACUGUGUUUAACUGUCCGUGCAAGCGAGGUCAAUCAAAGUUUAUAUAGUAAAAAAGUAUCAUUUCACUCUAACUAGCUCUGUGGUGCGAUUCACACUAAAUGAUCAUUGAUCACAUUAAAAAAACAAUCGGCUACCUACAGGUUGAUUAUAUUUUUUUGAGGAUCCAUUACAAUUAUAGUGAUAAAUCAUUUAAAUGUGUGCCCUUGUAAGGGGCCGUUCAAGUAUUACGUAAGCACUAUAGGGGGGCAGGGGGGUCUUUGCAUUGCUUAUUUUUGAUGACAUGGGGGGCUGGGGGGUCGAGAUAGUGAUUACGCCAGCAUCAUGCAUUCUGGUGCCAUGGACUGAAGACUGUUAACUGGAAUUAAUAUGUAUACCAAAAAUUUGAAAGAGGUUUGUUUUGUUCGUAAUAGUAAAGUUUGUUUAAAUUUAAGUACUGCUGCUCAUGAAUACUCAUGAAUCAAUAAAACAAAAUAGAAUACAUUAAAGGAAAAAUGCAUAUAAGUACCAAUGUUUGCGUAAGCAUGGGGGUGGGGGGUAAGAGCUUUGCUUACUUUUGCUGACGAGGGGGAGGAGGGGGUAAAUAAUUGUAAUAAAUCUGCUUACGUAAUACUUGAACGGUCCCUAAUUAUUAUUACUAUUAAAUCUAGAAAACGUUUUUGUGAUUUUUCCCCCGUUUUUCUUGAAAAAGGGCAAGAAAGAAUCUUUAUUUAUUUGAGUAUAGUUUUUACUGAAUUAUGAUCGUAGCUUUGUAUGUAUCGAUUGUAUGACUGUACAGUGAUUUUGUAUGUAUAGUAAAAUAACAACAAAUCAAGCUGUCUGUAGCUUUUCAAUUUUUUCCAAAUAAUUUUUAGCUUUAUUUUGCUUUGUAUUAGAUUCACAAUCCAUUCAAAAUAUUAUAUAAGGCUCGUUACAUUUAAUGUAUUAAAAAAAAAUAUAGUUGAACAGUUGCCGGUUAAGCUAACUCUUAUUUGUAUUGGUAUAAAGUCCACUUUCGACUGUUCAUAAAUAGGCCUAAAGUAAAUAUUUAUCAGAUGUAUAAUUGAAAAUUAUGUUUAGAAUUCGAUAAGUGAAUAUCGCAAAGUUUUUGGAACGACGUGGCAUAUAUUGAGGCUAAUUUAACAUUUUUGCAUUUGUAUCCCUAAAACGUAUUGUAAGUAUAAAAUCGUGUAUAUUUAAAAUUUAUAUGUUGUAAAAAAACACAUUACAGUUGUUAUUUAAAUUCAAUAAAGCUUUACAAGUUUAGCAAUAAAACAAACUAACACCAAGACGUAUUAAUUUUAUAUAACUCGCACCUAGAGGCGAAUCAAAGAUGAUUACGCAACUCAUUUUGUCUCUUUCGCACACCCAGGAAUAUUGGGUGUAGGAGACAGAAUUUUUAAUUACUUUUUUUUGGCGAAAUUUUGUUAGAGUCUGUGCGGAAAGAGAAUGGGAUUUAGAUUGGAUGGCGCUGUAGUGCUUUUCUACCGUAUUUGUAAGGAUUUACCCCCUUUUAGACAUGAUUAAAUACAAAAAAAAACAGCAAGAAAUCACAACAACAAACAAAUCCGUAUCAAUACAAACCUUUGACGUUUUACAGAUUGCUGGGUUUGAGUGCCAAAUAAAAAUCUUAAUGUUAGUUCCGUUUUUCGCCACGCCCAUUCUCUUUCCGCACAGACUCUACGCCCGAACUUCAUUUGGUUAUUCGUGUUUGCUAUUUGCGAACUCGACAUCAGUCUGUCCUUUUCAUUCCAUAUAAAGCAUGAUAAAGACAGACCGCUGUCAAGUUUACAAAUAGCAAAUACGAAUAACCAAGUGCCGGCAUUGAAAUUAAUAUUUGCUUGGGCUAAACCCGCAGACACAUAAAGUUGCGCAGUAGAUGUUUUUGUAUGUGAAGUGUUUAUUGCGCAAGCUUCCUUGGCAAUUGGUAUAUAUAUAUAUAUAUAUAAAUAAAACUAAACAGUUUGAGUCACUGUUGUUGUCAAAAAAUGAUCAUUUUAGACGACUCAGCUUUAUAAAUCAUUUUUAUUAUGUUAGUGCCGUACGAUGAGGCACAGGUCGCGGCACGUAAUUCUAGCGCUGAACAAAACGCGUCAGCCCCGCCCCCACGACAACGGCUAACUAGAGCCGAGGUCCGAGUCUCAGGGACGCCCUCUAGUUGAGCCGAUCCGAGACGGAGAGGAGACUCACCCCGUGGGGAGAUGCCAUCCGCCUGGAAUACCUCUAGAGGCACUCGCCAAUUCUCGGCUUGAGGUCCCCUCAAGGGCGGAUCCAGAGUCAUGGAGUCAUGACCCCCCCCCCCCCCCCCCUCUGGGCUGGGUCCAUCUGUACCCACUGUGACUUGACCACGACUAUAUGACCCCCCCUGGCGCCAAAGCUGGAUCCGCCCUUGGGUCCCCUUAGGAUCUCGCCGUCCCCAAACCCGGUGACGCUGUAAAGGUCAUCUGCGAACAACAGCAUACACAUUCAAAAAAGUUCUCGUUUCCUCCCAACACAUCUUAAUUUUUACUUCUGCGCAAUAACGGCGCAAGAGUUUCGUGCCGCGACUUAUAGUAAACAAUUCUUGCUAUUUAAACAAGUCAGUAAACUGUAGAUGUUAAAUUAAUUUUGCUUUUAUAAUGCGGUGUUAAUGUGAUUAUUGAUCGAGAUAUUGUUUUACCGUCUAAUAUUGACAUUGUUAAACGUAAAUAUCGGAAAAUUAUAAUUAAAAAAAACUUAUUUCUAAGGAUCAAAUUUCUUUCAAUUGUUAAUGUUAAUUGUAAUCACUUAAUUUGAAAUGAAUAAUGUUGCAUUAAGGAAGUCACUUUUCUAAGCAAUUUAGUAAAUAAAAGUCGAUAAAGUUAAUAAUCACAUUUUCCCGCCAAAAUAGUUUUUUUUAAAUUAAGACGCUUACAUAGUCUGUGUAUAAUAAGUAUAUUUAUUUAUUCGAUAGAUCUUUUCCAUUGUAAUCGUGUGAGUUUGUGAUUUAGAUUAUAAUAAUUUUCAAUGACUGUACGAUACGAUAUGAAUGUGUGUAGCGCAAUGCGAUAAGUAACAUGUUGUGAAGAAAUAUAUUGAAAUAUAUAUAAUUUCUCUUA